UGGGAAGUGUUGCAAUCCCUUUUGACAUCCCAGUUUAUUGUGAAAAUAUCAACACAGGGAUACAAAUGGCUACAGAAAAUGGAGAUAAUGGGGCUCCUGACUCCUGGGAUCAGGAAAUUGAUAGUCAAAAUGAAACCGAUCCUGGAAAAGAAUUAGCUCAACCCCUGUCAUUUCUGAACGUCAAUGCGGCUCCUUUCGUCCCAGGCCAAAAUGUGUUUGCUACGGAGUUCGUCCCCGUCGCAUCAAAAACAGACGAUGCAACUCCAAAUGAAGGCACACCUACUGAUGAGUCUGGUAAUGCUGUAGGUGAUGAGAACAUGGAAACAGAGCAGGAACCAGCAGGUGACGAUUGGGCAGCAGAAGAUGAGGAGGACUCGGAAGAAGUGGUGGUUAAACCCAUAGCCGAUACCAAAAAAGGAAACUCCGGACCACAAGAAGUUGAGGUGAAGAAGGAGCACAUCAAUGUGGUUUUCAUUGGACAUGUUGAUGCUGGGAAAUCAACGAUUGGUGGCCAUAUUAUGUAUUUAACUGGAAUGGUUGAUAAAAGAACACUGGAGAAAUAUGAACGAGAAGCCAAAGAGAAAAACCGAGAAACAUGGUACCUUUCAUGGGCACUGGAUACAAAUUCAGAAGAACGAGAGAAAGGCAAGACAGUUGAAGUUGGAAGAGCAUACUUCGAAACCCCAAGUAAACAUUUCACAAUAUUAGAUGCCCCAGGUCACAAAAGUUUUGUACCCAACAUGAUUGGAGGAGCAUCACAGGCUGACCUGGCUGUUUUGGUCAUAUCAGCGAGACGAGGUGAAUUUGAGACUGGUUUUGAGAGAGGUGGACAGACUAGAGAACAUGCUAUGUUGGUUAAAACUGCUGGCGUUAAACACUUGGUCAUAGUUAUCAAUAAGAUGGACGAUCCCACAGUGCAAUGGUCAGAGGAGAGAUAUAACGAAUGCAGGGAAAAACUGAUCCCCUACCUGAAAAAGUGUGGCUUCAAUCCUAAAACAGAUUUGUAUUUCAUGCCAGUCUCAGGGCUAACAGGAGCCUUUCUGAAGUUUGUACCUGAUGAGAGUGUCUGUCCAUGGUACAGAGGACCAUCACUUAUUGAUUAUCUAGAUGACCUGAACUCUCUAAACAGAUCGACAGAAAUGCCUGUUAGGAUGCCUAUUGUGGAUAAAUACAGGGAUAUGGGAACACUUUUACUCGGGAAAUUGGAGGCUGGUGUUAUAAACAAGAACAUGUCUUUAAUGGUGAUGCCAAACAGAGCUAUAGUAAAAGUUAAUCAACUGUACUCUGAUGAAAUAGAAACAGAGUUGGCUAACCCAGGCGAAAAUCUCAAAGUCAAAGUCCAAGGGGUGGAAGAAGAGGACAUAUCACCAGGCUUUGUGCUCUGUCCGAUGGAGUCUCCAUGUAACACAGGGAAAGUGUUUGAUGCUCAGAUUGUGAUACUUGAACAUAAAUCAAUCAUCUGUGCUGGAUACAGUGCAGUGCUGCAUAUUCAUACGUGUGCGGAGGAGGUGACACUGCGCGCACUUCUGUGUAUAAUUGACAAAAAAACUGGUGACAAAACCCAAGUGAAACCUCGCUUUGUAAAACAGGACCAAGUAGCCAUAGCUCGUAUUGAGGUGAACGGUGGAAUGAUCUGCCUGGAGACAUUCAAGGAUUUCCCACAAAUGGGUCGUUUUACAUUACGCGACGAAGGAAAGACCAUUGGAAUAGGGAAAGUGUUGAAGAUUAUUAACUAAAUACUGAUGGACAUUAACUAGUGCUGGAGGAAGACUCGCCACAUAAUGAAAAAAUAGUGCUGGGUUGAAUACCUCCUUAGAAACAGUGCAAAGAGGAAUCCUUCUCAAUGGAUGAGACACGGACACUGAUUGUACAUAUUGAUUUGUCCAUAGAUAUGCUGACAUUUUUGGAUCCAGGAAGUGCAACUUGUGCUGUUUUUUUGCACAGAGAGCCUGCUAUAUGGAUUUUGUUGAUUUGCCAACUUUCAUCAUUCAAAUGACGAUGUUGAUGUCUUGGGGGACGUAGAAGACAAACUUAGAAAGUCUGUCUGUCAGUCUGUAUACAGCAUUUUAAACCAUAAUCAUGUUUGGUAUUUCCUCUUCAUCAUAAUUGGGAUACAGUGAAACCCUGUUGUAAAGUCCACCUGGGUGACUGAACAGCAGUUCUAUAAACAAAAGUGACCACUCAGAAUUCCUAGAAACAACAUUUUUCUGUUUUAUCACAACAAGUAAAUAACAAUAAGUACAUAGAGAUUGUACCAUUACCGGAACGUAUUAAAAGUAAAACCAGCAUUACACAGACAUACAGGAAACAGUUCUGGGAGGUGAGAUGAAGUAGUCUGAAUAGCAAGGCAGCCUGAAAUUUAAAGUUGUUUAUGAGAAAGGUUUCUCUGUAUAUGUAUCUCAUCCCUCAUAAAAAAUUAUCUAUAGCACUCGGAUGUUUAAAGUUGAAUGUGCCUUUAUCAUAAUCAAAGUUCCUAUUUUCCAUGAGGAACCUGAAAAUUGUUUACGAUGCAUCCUUCAUCUAUUUAUAAUCAUUAUACAAUUGAAAAAAACUGGUGUGAAGAAAAAGAGAGAAAAAAGCCAGAAAUGUAAAGAUAUAAGAAAAAAACCUAUUCGAAAUUGAAUAUUUUGUUUUUAUUUUGUCCUUUUAAAUAAAUUUUUUACACAAAAUGAAAUGUUGCAAACAAUUUGUGAAAGACAGACUGACAGACAGAUGAAAAGAAAUUUCUUUUCAAAGUGAAAAAUAUAAAGGUCACUUUUUGACAAUAGCUUGGCAAGGGUUAAUCUAGAAGAAUAAUUGUGUAUUUCCUAAGUGGCAUGUCCUCCUCUUUGAAGAAAAAAAAAAGAAAAAAAGUUGCACCAGAAACAAGAAAAAUUUACUGAAAGUGUGGAGCUCAGGAAACCUAUUUCAGAUCCUUUAAAUCAUGCCAACAUUAAGAAAAUAUUAUUUGAUCUUAUCUCAAUAAUUUGGUAUCUUUUUCAUCUUUAUGAAUAUCAUAUAUUUAUUCCACACCCCAUGCCCAUUCUGAUGAAAAUUUUGUAAUUUUUUUUAUUGGCCAAAAUUUCCCUUUCCAAAAAAUCUGAAGUCCCAAAAGUUUAAUUUCCUUUCCACUGCAGAUAGUUUUCUUUUUAUUCUAGAUUAACCCUUGCUUGAAUUUCCUCCUAAAACUCUGUUAAAACAUUGGUGAAGCAUUUCUCUACCUUAAAGUGAAUAGUUCUGCUGUAAGGAAGUCAAUAUAUCUUUGCUAUGUUCAGAUGGAUUAGAAAGAAGUAAUAUUACUCUCAUAUUCACAGUCAGUUUCACAUAAGUGAGCUUAAUUCAAAUUUUUUUUUUUAAUCUGUUUUCAUACAGACAAUGGUGCAUUUUUUACUCUAUGCCAAUUAAAUUUCAUUUUGAUUUCAAACUUAUGUCAUCUGGUCGAAGAUUAUAGCAAUACAAAUAUUUAGGUUUUCACAAAUUCUUUUACCUGCAGCCGUAAUAUUGAGAUAUGGCUACACUGAUGAAAGGUAUCUUUUUUUACCUCGUUUUAGAUGGUUAUCGGUCUUUAAGCAUUGAAUUGAAUUGUUGAUAAAUGAAUUUCUUUACAUAGACUAGCAAGUGGUAGUAAAUAUUUAGAUUAUUAAGCACAAAUGAAUGUUGAUGUUUUGUUUGAAAAAAUGUUUUUAUUUUUUGGAGUAAAUCUGUAGAAAUAUUUUCUCUCCCAACAAAUAUCUGUCCUACCCCUGACUCCUGGUUUGUAUAGGGAUACUACUGAGGGAAUUUCAUUGAUAAUUUGCUUAAAAAUUAUCUGCAGGAAAUUCAGGUAUUGGUAAUGAAAUGAUAGUCCAGGGGUCAAGUAGAUGUUUUACUAGAAUGGCACUCAGUUGCUUGUUACUUAAUUAAUUAGCUAUAAUAGCUAGUCUAACUUUUCAAUAAGAUAUAUUUUGUGGACAUUUUUUUUUAUAUUGUACAAUAAAUAGAGACAAAGAGUUUCAAAAGUUUUAUCUUGAACAGCCUUUAUUAUAUAACCUCUAGAUUUUGUUGUCUUGCUAACUCUCUGUUCAGAAAUCAAAAUGUCCUAAAUACUACAGUUUCUUUGUAUUAAAAAAAUUGAAACCUUUUUGCAGGAAUCGUUGUAAGUGCUGUGUUUAAUUUAUGUUUUGCUACAUGAAAUGGUUUUAGAAGUAUUGUUGUAUGUCACCCUCCCUUUCCUGAAGUUUUUCAUCAGUUAUUUCCCUUUGUUUUGUACAUAUUACUAGGUGGUGAUAAUUGCCACUAGUUGGUUGACAUAAAUUUUUGAUGUGGAUUGUGAGGUUGUAUAUCUGAAGAGUAUGACAUGGAAGGGAUGCCUGGAAGCAUGUGCUCUGUGUGAGAGACUAAGUGAAAAUUGUUGUUUCCGAAAUAAUAGAUGUUUACAGGUACUUACAGAUGCGUGGUAAGCCUCUUGUUGGUGCAGUCGUGACAUUACAAACUGUUAGCUUUAUCAUAUAGGUGUGGACCUGGCAUUUUGUUUCAAAAGUUUCCCACAAAGUUGUUGAAAUGUAAUAGUAAUUCAUGUGACAUGAGUUACUGAUGAUUUAGGAUGGUAUAUUUUAAAAUAUUUCUGCAAUUACACAAGAGGCAUAUUUCUGCUGCUGUCAAUACGGAGAAAUGGUAAGUUAAUAGCACUGGCUGUCAAUAAAUUUCCUUAACACACAAAAGUUGGAGUAGAUCGCACAGUAAGUGACAUUCAUUAUAAAAAAUUUGUCUCUUUGUGUUUUAAGUUUUGUGACAACAUUUGAAUUUCUCUUUUUAGGAAUUCUGAAAUUAUAUAUAUAUAUAUAUAUAUAUAUAUUAUUUUGGUUUUAUUUAUGAAGAUAUGUAGAUAACAGAACACAGGAUCCCAUUGUUUGAACAUCCAAGAUGUCACUGUGUACCAAAUCUUUUAAAUUCCUUUAAAAUCUCACAACUUUCAUUUACAGUUAGUUCCUAAAAAUCUUUGUAUCUGGUUUAAAGUUGAUUAAUUGUACACUCUAAAAAAUUGAAAUUUGAACAUGAACAUUUAUUGUAAAAACGAUCAAAUUAAAAAUUCAUUUAAAAAAUAUUCAAGUUAUUUCAAUCAAAUGUCUCGCAUCCAAAAUGAUUUCAUUCCUGUCUUAGAUUGAUGAAAGAAUGUGGUGAGGAGACAGUUUGUUAAUUUCAGUAGUCGUUUCAUAACCCAUGUACAUUGAUCUAUAAGUACAUACUAAAAAAGGAUUUCCGUUUGAAAUAUUUCAAAUAAGGAUUAUUGUUGUCUGCUUAACCUCUUAAGAGAUGUAAGAGAAAUGUUCACAAUUCAUAAAGAAUCAAAAGUAUAUCCAGAAGUUUGUUAAAAAAAUUGCUGCUUAAUAAAAUAAUUGAAAAAAAAACUGUUUCCAUCCUGUGAGGUUUCACAAAAAGUUACAUGUAUGUGGAAAAUGUCAGUUGUAGCUGGCAGUGAUAACAAUAUUGUUGGUGUUACGUACCAAACAAAAUUUAUUGCUAAUAAUUAUUUGAAGAUUUAAUCAUAUUUGAAAAAAAUAUUUCAGGGAUAGGGAAAGGAACCUUUUCUUGUACAUACAGGUUAUAUUUACAUAAAUAAUAUAUAGAUUAUUAAAUCUGUGCACUUUCAAGCAUAGCUUAUGACUUACACACUGCAAGCACCUGCUCAUAUUGUCAAAGUUAGAAAGGCGAAUGUUUAAUCCAUUGUUAAGAAAAAUUAUAUGAUUACAUUAUGAUAUGAAAAGUUUUAAGUUUUUCAGUAUGCCUGUUAUUAAUACAGAAAUCAUGUUGGUCGAGCAGAUUGUAAAAUUUGAUCACAUUUUCUUGAGAAACCUUUGUAAAAUAAUUGUAGAUCUUGACGAAAUUCUUAAUUAAAAAAAUGCAGGUAUCAUGAG